AUGCUACUCGGACGAGCCGCCCACAGCCAGCAGCUCAGCUAUAAAGAUAGCAUCCAAGCGUUAGCCUACGGCAAUAUCGCCACCUCCUCAGUGGAAUCCAGCGGUGAGGUCUGGUUGAACAUCACUGGCUUUGCGGAGACCGAACUCCCACACGUCCAGACGGUGGUGGGAAUCCACUCCUUGGAUAACGCCCGCGAGCUACAGGUGAUCGCGAAUCUGGCGCAAAGCGCCGCGAGUCAGGCACUCUGGGGAGAUCUCGUGUUUCUGCACAAUGUCUUUUCAAUGAACGCCUAUCCCGCGUACGCCAACGUCACCAGCACGCAGAUGCAGGCCGGUCUGUUAAGCGCUGUGAGCGGCAAGGAUAGGCCAGAAGAGAGCUUGAUCGAGCUCUACGCCAGCACAUCGAGCGCCCCGGGUCUAGAGGUGGUGUACCGCGCACUCCCUUCCCAAUACAACAAGCAGCAGCAGAGCAAGGCCGACAUCAUCUCCUCGGCAGCAGCGGUACCCACGAUGACGACCGCUGCCGCCGUCGAUAAACGCGAGAUGGACUGGACCCGCAACCAGAUCGUCUGCAGUGCCGCGCAUGUUGCCGUGGGCGCCGCCUGUAUUGCACUGCUUGGGCGUAUCCGCCUCAAUGGGAGCUGGAAGUCGGGCGGCCCACGCGAUAUCUGCUACGAGGGCUGCUGCAUCAGCUGGAGUGCCAAUGCCACCUUCCAGAUUCAAAAUCUUUAUAACGAUUCCCAGCGCUGUUAUAGCGUCUGCUUGGAUGCGUCCGGGGGCGUCAGCUGCGAGGCUUACAACGUCAGUCUGCAGGGAACCAUUGUCAACCAGUGCUUGAGCAACCGGCCAGAUGGAUGCGCUUAA